UGACAGCAGCUGUCCAGAUUUUAGCUAAGCUUUGGACUGUUUGAAACGAAGUGAGUUGUUAAAAUUACUAAAAUUGUACAUGAAAGACCUUAAAUAUCCUGUAAAAGUGUUCGUUAACCGAUAAAAUAAGCUCUAUAUUUGUUCGUCACGUUGAAUGCUUGGUAAAUGGAAUGAUACAAGCGGCAGUUAUUUUCGUCGCACAGAAUAUUUAAUGUGGCCUGAUUAAUGGUGGACGCUAAACAAAUGUGAAUAAUGAACUACUGAAAGUGUUUGUUGUGAUUAACUGGUAAAUUCUAUCGCCUACAAGUGUAUUGAAGAGCAUACGUCGUGAAGUAACAAAACUGCAUUCCUUUAAAAAUUGCACUCUGCCUGAAGAUCUAACCGGACUGGAAGAUGGCGUAUCACAAGCCAACCGAUAUCGAUGGAUUCAUCACCCAGAUGGCCAAAGCAGACAUGAGAAUCAAAGCAUUGCUGGCAGAGGAUCUGGUGCUGUAUCUCAAUGACUCCGAGAACUCGAUUGAAUGUGUUGAUCUUGGCUUGCUGGUGGAUGGCUUGAUUCCGUGGAUGAUUGGAAGUCAUUUCAAGAUUGCACAACGCGCUUUGGAAGCCUUCACCGAACUAAUAGUACGUCUUGGACAAGACUUCAACGCAUACACGUCGACAAUUCUACCCCACGUGCUGGAUCGUCUCGGAGACAGUCGAGACACAGUUCGGGAAAAGGCACAACUGCUGCUGCACAAGCUGAUGGAAUGCCGCUGCGUGUCUCCACAAUCGCUGUUGGACAAAUUGACGGUUUGUUUCAAACACAAAAAUGCUAAAGUACGAGAAGAAUUCCUCCAAACGAUUGUGAAUGCACUAAACGAAUAUGGAACACAGUCGCUCUCGGUAAAGACGUACAUACAGCCGAUUGUGCUGCUGUUGGGAGACCCGACGCCGACGGUUCGAGAUGCAGCGAUACAAACGUUGGUGGAAAUUUAUAAACAUGUUGGUGAUAAACUAAGGACUGAUCUGCGGAAGGAAGUACCAGCAGCAAAGAUGGCCAUGUUGGAGCAAAAAUUCGAUGAAACACGAAGCGACGGCUUGUUAUUGCCAUCGGCACUGAAUUCAGCAGUUUCUAAUGAUGACAUCGAUGCGGCCGUUGUAUCAAGACCUACCCGGCUGGUUAAAAGGACACCAUCAGCAACCCCCCGCAAACCACUGUUUGAAACACAGGGAUCCGGAGAUCUCCUAGCAGCUGGAGCCGUUUCCUGGGAAAUUUUCGAAAGCUCCUUCGAGAACGUACCCCAACUGACUAUAUUUUCCCAGCGUGAUAUGGAUGACCACAUGAAGAUUACUAAUACUAUCGUCGGAGAUAAAAAUAUGGACUGGGAAAAACGAGUGGAUGCGCUGAAGAAAAUCCGCUCACUCUUGAUGAUAAAUGCACAAAAUUCGCCCACAUUCACUCAGCAGCUAAAAGACUUGUCCAUUGCAUUCCUUGAUAUUUUAAAAGAGCUGAGAUCCCAGGUUAUUCGUGAAGCUUGCAUAACUCUAGCCUACAUGAGCAAGGUGUUGAAAACCCGAAUGGAUCAAUUCAUCAUAUACAUUCUUCAAGAACUCAUCAACCUGAUUCAAAAUUCAGCAAAAGUAAUUUCAUCGUCUGGAACGGUAGCGCUCAAAUAUGUUAUCAAAAACACUCACGCGCCCAAAAUUGUGCCAAUAAUCACCCAGAAUCUCAUGCAGUCCAAGUCCAAAGACAUACGAAGCACUUUGAGUGAGGUCAUGGUUCUGUUGUUCGAAGAGUGGCCAACAAAAGCAUUGGAAAAGAACUGUAUUCUUUUGAGAGAUGCUCUUCGAAAAGGGAUAGCAGAUGCGGAUAGUGACGCGAGAAAGCACAGCAGAUGUGCGUUUUGGAACUUCCGUAGACACUUCCCCGAAAUCGCAGACAGCCUCUACGGAUCUCUGGAUCCAGCUACUCAACGUACCCUGGAGAAAGAACGCGAUAGCAUCGGAACUAAUGGUACCAACUCAAUGAGUGUCAGUCUGCGUGGAAGCAAUACUAGCUUAAACUCUGUUCCAAGUGGGGUGAUAAAACGUAGGCAAUCUUCAGGGCUAAGAAGUCCUGCAUCGGCACAACCCCCAGCUGGCUUGCGAAGUAUUUCUGCGGUCGACACUGCUGCUGCGCAAAGAGCUAGGGCUAGAGCGCAAUACUCCAGUAUGGCACGAAUGAAAAUCUCUUCAGGAUCCGCUUCUCUUCAAGGACAGUACGCUCAGCAAGCUCGAGCAAAAAAAAUCUCAGCGGUAUCGGCCACUCCUCAGCAACCACCAACACCAGAAAGAAGAAUCCGUUCAAGAUCCGGAGUAUCUCAGUCUCAGCCCACCUCUCGAAGCACGUCUCCUUCCAACAAACUGCGCGACAAUUUUGGGAUUCCUUCGAUUUACAAACAGACUGGUACAAUUCCCAAGAAAACAUCAGGAAUACCUCGCUCAUUAGCAAACUCCCGAGAAACGAGUCCAACGAGAGGAACGCAAUUUGGAUCACUCCGUCGAAAUGUCUAUGGCACUAACAGUCCCCGGAGAUUAGAUCGUCCGCCAGUGAAUCCCGCAAGACCAGUGCUAGCACAAAAAAUACUACAGCAAAGUCGAGAGGCUGAAAAUGCUUUGGCAGAUGCUCUGUCGCCUGAAGAUCACGAAAUGUCCGCUGAGUUCGGCCGCUUGGGAAUACACAGGAAAGUUUCGCGCGAUGAAUCUGAUGAGAGCGAAGCAUCGUCGGUAUGCUCUGAAAGGAGCUUCGAUUCGUACAGAAGAGGAAACGAUUCAUAUUCCUGGAACGGAUCCAGAACCAGGUUGGACAGCUCUCGCCCAAUGAUCGAAGACAUUGACACAAUCAUUCAGUUUUGCGCUUCAACACACUGGUCAGAAAGAAAGGACGGCCUGAUUAACCUUACGCAAUACUUGAGCGAUGGAAAAAUGUUGACUUCUCAGCAGCUGCAGUGUGUUCUGGAUCUUUUUCGGAAAAUGUUUAUGGAUCCGCACAUCAAAGUGUACGCGCUAUUCCUCGAUACUGUCAAUGAAUUGAUCCUUUCACAUGCGAAUGAUUUGCAUGACUGGCUGUUCAUAUUAUUGACACGGUUGUUUCAAAAGUUGGGAGGAGAUUUGCUUGGUUCCAUGCACGGUAAAAUAUGGAAGACUCUUCAAUUAAUCUACGAGUACUUUCCGGCUGAUCUGCAAAUGCAGUGCGUUUUUAGAAUCCUGAUAGACGCCGCGCAAACCCCCAACACCAAGACACGACAAGCGACGUUAAAGUUGACAACCCUGGCUACGACUUAUUGUACGGCUGCGCAGUUUGUUAUACAUAGUCAAACACAACAACUGGUUGACAGGGCUAUACUCAAGAUCAUCCAAACUGCACUAGAUCAAAAAAGUGCUGAUUUGAAAUCACAAGCUCGUUUCUGCAUAGCGGCGCUGUAUAAUUGCAAUCCAUCACAGAUGACGAUGACGCUGGCUAAUCUUCCAAAACAAUACCAAGACACUGCAAAAGCAAUCAUUCAACAGAACAUUAGACGAAGUACCUCAGGAACAGAUAGUCCAUCAUCGCCAUUAUCGUCUUCAAGUCCGAAACCAUUGCUAAGUCCUCAGCAGGGACCUUAUAGUAUACAGAACGCUUCUAUUCACAGAUCCCGACAAACCUCGCUCGACGUAACCGACUCCAUGAACACGGAAGAAAUCUAUAAGAAUCUUAGAAAAACGACGGCCGAGAUACAAAACUACAGCUUUGAAGCAAAGUUAGAUCGUGAUGCCAACAGUAAGGAUUCUGGAAUAAGUCAGAUGGGAGAGAUGCAAAUGCAAAAUCCAGAUGCAUACCAGUUUUCUUCUAAUGGCUUUAACGGACACUUGGGAUUAGAAAAAGAUGAUUCGUGCAACGGUUCAAAAACUCAGUCCGCGACAACAACUGAAUCCAAUACACCCGAGAACACGGUCAGAUUGGAUGGUAUCGAUAUGAUUCACAAAAACUCAGCCCAGCAACAGCGCCACCACAGCUAUACUAUUUCGGAAACUGGUGAACUUAUUGUCGAAAAUGAAGUGAAAGAGAAUGACAUUGUGAAAGCAGCAAUAAUACUAUCACACGACACUAGCACUGAGGUGAUUGUGCAAGUUUUGGAAAAUCUGCAAACGUGCAUAAAGUAUGGUAAUUGUGAAGUACCUAUCAAAAACUUCAAAGCUAUAAUGAAGAUGCUCUUGAACCUAAUGGAAUCACAAAACAAUACAGUAUUAGUAGCAGCUUUGCAUACGCUGGGCCGGAUUGUACGCAGCACAGAAAUGAAAUCAUGCUGGAGUAAUUUUUUGGAACUGAUAUUGCUGAAAAUUAUUGACUGCUACAAAAUCAGCAAAGAGGUUUCACGCGAGAUUGACAUCAUCGUGGUGAAAAUAGCAAGCGUUUUGCCACUCGAUAUAUCUGUAAACAUCCUGAACCCAGUCAUUGCAACAGGUGACUUUCCAGCGAACCUUUGUGCUCUCAAGAUACUGACAGAAUUGGCCCACAAGCAAGGAAAAGAUUUGACAGAUAAUCAUUUAGAUAACAUCAUGCCAAACAUAGCUAGGUUAGCAGACGAUAGUCAAUCGAUGGUUAGAAAAGCAGCUGUUUUUUGUAUGGUUAAGCUGUAUAUUGUUAUGGGCGAAGACAAAGUAAAACCAAAAUUUGCCCUGCUUAACGCCAGCAAAAUAAGAUUGCUGAAUGUCUACAUCGCAAAAGCCCUUGGAAGCACCAGUAAGGGUUCAAGUUCAUGAUCUAAACAUGCCAUGUGAUUGUUAUUCAAAGGACGCAAGAUCGCCAAGCUGCUUUGUAAAUUUGGUAGAAACAUUUCAGUUAUUUAUGAGUAAUAUUUAUUUCCAACAAGUGCUUAUCUCCAUUAACUAUACUUUUGACUUAAAUUAAUCGCUUCUGAAGCCUGAUAUUGUUUCUAGUAGCAUACAAACAAUGUUCUUUUUAACAAAGCAUAAAACAAUGUGACUAGAAAAACCUACUAAUUUUAGUUAUCCUUUUGCAAGUCUCAGUUGUUACGAAUAAGAAUCGAAAAGCGUAAUACACAUUUGGAUGUUAUUUGUUCAUGAAAAGCUUUUCACUAAAUAAAUGUAAAAAUAUGGUAAUACAA